AUGUGCUUGAUGAUGUCAAACAAACUAUUAAUUCAAUUAGGCCUGGCCGCGCCCAAUCGUCCAAUGCAUGAUGCUUUUAACCAAGAAUUGCAUCGAGAAAAACUGUAUGAUCUCAAUACUUUGAAAGAAUUAAUUCAAAUGAAUCUUCCACUGUUGAAUGAACAACAGAUGUAUGUAUUUGAUACUCUUAUGAAAGUAACAAAUGAUGAAACUGGAGGAAUUUACUUCUUAGAUGCACCUGGUGGUACAGGAAAAACUUUUUUGAUUUCAUUAAUAUUAGCAACAAUUCGCUCACAAAAUAAAAUUGCACUUGCACUCGCUUCGUCGGGAAUCGCAGCAACUUUGCUUGAAGGUGGUCGAUCAGCCCAUUCAGCACUAAAAUUGCCAUUAAAUAUGCAAAGCAAUGAAACUCCAACCUGCAACAUUUCGAAGAACUCUGCAAUGGCAAAGGUUUUACAGCAAUGUAAAUUGAUUGUUUGGGAUGAAUGCACGAUGGCACAUAAAAAAUCUUUGGAGGCUUUAGACAGAACCCUAAAAGAUCUACGGAGCAAUCGUAACCGAUUUGGUGGUGCAAUGAUUUUAUUAGCAGGAGAUUUUCGUCGAACAUUGCCAGUGAUUCCACGAUCAACGCCAGCUGAUGAACUCAAUGCAUGUCUAAAGUCCUCUAAUUUGUGGAAACAUGUCAAAGUACUUCAUUUAAGCAAGAAUAUGCGUGUCGAGUUGCAAAAUGACCAAUUUGGAAAUAUAUUCUCUAAACAACUCAUUGACAUUGGUAAUGGCAAAUUUCCUAUAGACAUGUUGACUGGCUGCAUUAACUUUCCUCAAAGUUUUUGUCAGUUAACUCGAUCAAAAGAUGAACUUAUUCAGAAGGUGUAUCAAGAUGUUUCUCAAAAUUACAGAAACCAUGAUUGGUUGAGCGAACGAGCUAUAUUGGCUGCAAAAAACAUAGAUGUAAAUGAAUUAAAUUUAAAAAUUCAAGAACAAAUUACAGGCGAGUCGAGGACAUAUAAAUCAGUUGAUUCGGCUACUAAUCAAGAUGAUGUAGUCAACUAUCCACCGGAAUUCUUAAACUCGCUGGAUUUGCCAGGAUUGCCACCUCACAAUCUUCAAUUAAAGGUUGGAUCGGUAGUUAUAAUGUUGCGAAAUAUCAACCAAGCGCGUCUUUGCAACGGCGCACGGUUAGCGAUAAAAAAUUACUAA